CCGGCGAGAUCCAGUUUCCUUUAAGCCGCUCUCGCGCGUUUGUCUGUUCUCGCCGCGUCGUGUGUCCUACCGAUUAUUAUUUUCUCCUCCUCCCCCCUUCCCCGUCCGCGUGCACGAAGAUUGUCGGCACGGUGUUAAAAGGUAUAUCACGAGCGGUAUACACAACACGCUCGUGUCGUUGUCGUUGUCGUCAUUGUCGUCGUCGUCGUUGUCUCGCUAUCGCUGUCGCCGUCGUGCAGCGCCGAGUGUCCCGAUUCAAACGUAUCAUCGCCCGGUGUAUAACGGAGGAUGGCAUUCAACGGAGACGGUCCGCACUCCAAGAGGCAGCGGCUCGAGGAAUCUGGACACAGGAAUCACGAAUAUGGCGGGUACGGAGAUGAACCACGUCGAAAAAGAGAAGACAAUAAUAAACCGAACCACGUCCUCCUCUUCACAAUUAUCAAUCCAGUUUACCCCAUCACUGUGGAAGUGUUGCACACGAUCAGUGCGCCCAGCGGUCAGGUUCAGCGUAUCGUAAUCUUCAAGAAAAACGGCGUGCAAGCUAUGGUUGAGUUCGACUCUGUGGAAUCGGCAACCAGAGCAAAGGAAACACUACAUGGAGCAGAUAUAUAUUCUGGCUGCUGCACAUUAAAAAUCGACUUCGCAAAGCCGACAAAGCUCAACGUCUACAAGAACGAUGCCGAAAGCUGGGACUACACAACGCCAACACUGGGCUCGAGCACACAUAAAAACGACGCGACAGGAAAUGGAAGGCCAGCUCCCCUUUUGGCUGAGCCAAGAUACGGCGCCGCGCCGCAACCGUAUGGUUCCACACCGCAGGUCACUUUUCCACCGGGUGCUGGUCACGAUCGUUACGAGGAGAACUUCAACGGACCGGCGACGUAUGCGGAGCCGUACGUAGAGCGUUACGGCAUCAAGAGUGAUUUCAGUGGCCGUGAGCCGUUACAUCCCACACCACCUCGGCCGGGUUAUGUGCCCACCUUGGGCCAAACGCCGCCCUCCAGCACGCAAGGCUCGGUCAUGAUGGUGUACGGACUACAACCGGACAAAGUCAAUACCGACAAGCUCUUCAACCUGUUCUGCCUGUACGGCAAUGUGACGAAGGUUAAAUUUUUGAAAACAAAGGAGGGCUGCGCGAUGAUACAAAUGGGAGACAGCAUAGCCGUAGAACGAUGUCUGCAGAACCUGAACAACGUCACAAUCGGGACGGACGGCAGGCUGCAGCUUGGUUUCUCAAAGCAGGCCUUCCUCUCGGACGUAACCAACCCUUACAUUCUACCCGACAAGACAGCAAGCUUCAAGGACUUCACGGGAAGCAAGAAUAACAGAUUCCUGAAUCCUGCGAUGGCCAAUAAGAACAGAAUACAACCACCAUCGAAGAUAGUUCACUUCUUCAACACUCCACCGGAUCUAACCGAGGAAACAGUGAAUCGCGUGUUUAUAGAGCGCGGCAUCGAAGCGCCGACGACGAUCAAAUUGUUCCCUCUCAAGUCUGAACGAUCGUCGUCCGGUCUAAUCGAGUUCAGCAGUGUCGGUAUCGCGGUGGCCGCUAUCAUGGAAUGCAAUCACACAGCGCUCGAGAACAGCAACGGCAAGUUCCCGUACAUCAUGAAGCUCUGUUUCUCGUCGUCGCGCACCAUACCCACGAGCUUCCCGCCCAGCAGCGGCAGCGUGUCGAGCAAUUCCGCUGGUAAUGGCCACGCCAAAAUGCAGCAGGACUCGGAAUAGAACGGCGAGGUCCAGGGCCAGCAGCGUCAGCGUCAGCGCCAGCGCCCCUCACUCGCCGCCCUGCACCCGUUGUGUGCCCCCGCGACGGCGGGCACGGCCCUGCACCCCGCAGCCGCAGCGAUAACGCUGUCUCCAGUCCUACCGCCGCCGCCACCAGUACCGCCACCUCUGCCGCCACCCACCUGUCUCCUAAUAGCCACCCCGACCCUCUAUCCAACCGUACCACCACCACCCCCGCCUCCAUUACCUACCUUCUGGCCCUACUAAUACGGCGGGCCCCCACACAUCAAAUGGGUGAGACGAACGCACGCGAGAUCGGCCGAGAAUGGACUCUCCAAAAAUGUGAAAAAUAAUCGAGAUACAUCAUCUCUGCAGCGAAAAGGAAGCGUACGUCGCGAUGUCGUUUAUUUUUGAUCGAAGGCAACAGACAGUGAGACAACCAGUCGUACUGUGGCUGUCCGCGGAGGUUUACCGUUUUGAAAAGGGUCGCGUGUAUUCUUAGAUAUGCUCUCAAAGUCUUCGUAGUCCCAUCGUGGUCGAAGGCUUAGGAAAGUUUCCGAUGGUACAGUGUGUAACUUGAUGCUUAAUACCGUGUUCCACUGGAGACACGUUGUCAACGCGAAUCGGACACGAAACUCGGCGUCCGACGAGAGGUGGGGUAUAAGUGCAACGACAUGUCGGAGGGAACAUCGGAAUAGAUACUGUUGAAAUCGCAAGGAAUCCUUCGCGGCCGGCUGGUCACGAUUUUCGCGACGUCUCGCGGGAAAGGGCGAAACGAAUGAUACGUACGCGCCGCGUUCCAAUUUUGGAGACUCCUGUAAAUAGCUCGGAGACUAGCAGCCUCCGACGCGCAUACAUAUCAAAGGGCUUGGAAGUAAAUCGGUACGUUUCACGAGGAACCAUGCAUGCGAUUUUCGUAGAAACUUCUCACUCGACGAUUCGGCACCGAUACUGAGGAAUUUGAAAAUGAGAACCGUCUCGAGUAAGGCUGUAAAAUCUUCUUACAAGAGUAAUGAUCCCAAAAAAAAAAAAAAAACAAUCUGAGUAGGAUAGAAACUUGUUGGAUGAGAGAAGAAGGUAAUACUCCAUUAGCUAAGAGAAAGAUGGAUCGAAAGAGAUGGGAAAUGGCUCGACGAUAGUAAAGCUGUCUUAGAAAAGAGGCAGCUCGCAGGAAGUUUAGUUUCUUCGAAAGAGAAAUCGUUCAAGAAAGUUUGAAGACAUCUCUUGGAAGAGAGUUAAAAAUACGAUCUAUCAGAAAAGGAAGAGAUGAUAGAGCCUUCGUAGAAUGACUGAAACAAGAUGAAAUCCAUUUCCUGAUGGCCAUCAAAAAGAUACCACUCUAUAGAUUUCUUUGAUGGUAGCAGAAUAGCUCGAGGACGGUUCAACUUCUUCGGAAGAGGAAUCGCCCAAGGAGGAUCGAACCUCUCAGAAGAGGGGGCAACUGAGAAGAUCGAGAAAAUCCUCUCGGAAGAACGCGAUUCGUGGAAACUGAAAGCCGUGCCGAGUGCGAAAAGUGCGGAAUCUCUCGUGGUUGCUCGCGAAGCAGACAGGUGGGCGCUGCUUCCGCGAAGCCCGGACGUGUAUAUGGCGUCUCGGCGUUCUCACGAUCGCGACGAGACGCUCUCUCGUUCGUUCGCUCGCGUCUCACGAUCGCCUCACCCAAACUCACGGCGUCGCGCGCGUGCACGACGUCACGACAUUUAUUCUGAAGCCGAGCCACAUGCUCCUCGACGACCAUACUCUGUGGGAUCCAAUAAACGAACCGGAGAUUUCUCAGCGACCACUUAUUAAACACGGGAAUAGAAUUUUAGGGGAGUGUUCAGAGGAAUGAUCUGAAUCAAUCGUGCUCCGAAAACUGCGCGACCUGCGAGAACGCAGCCAAUCCGCUUUGAGUGUCACUGAUAACGCGCUGCUCUAUUGUCGUGAUAAGCUCGGCCCGCGACAAGUGUCGUGCGGCAAUGUUUUUCUCAUCUUACUUUACUGUACAUCCGUUUUUUACAUUAACGUUAAUAUUUUAACACUCAUCCGGAUAACCUGAUUUUGUAAUUCAGAUAAUAAUUUCUCAUUAGAACUCUUUGACAGAUUAACGUAACGAUAUUUCAUUCACUGCAAGGUUUGCUGCAACAACAUUGUAAUCCACAUAAAGCAACUGUGCAUAUAGUUCUCCUCUGCAAUUUUUGAACUUAUUCUUUAAUCUACUGUUACUAAAGAACUUUUUAAUUGGGGCCAUAAUCGAAUUUAAGCUUACAUUACUUUUGCUUUGUGGGUUACCAUG